CAAGAAAUAGAAACAUUUUGGUCAAAAAACUCAUCUAAAGGCCACAUCGAUAUAAAUGUUUAAGGUUCCCCAUUAUUAGUCCCCAAAUACAUUCUCUUGUAAUGAGAAAUCAUAGAACAUCAAUCUUUGUGGUACUAAGUUUGGUUAUAAUUCUCAAUGGGCAGAGCGGUUUCUUGCCGCGAGCCGGUGCUGAGAGCAAGGUUCAUAUAGUGUAUUUGGGUGAGAAGCAACAUGAUGAUCCCGAGUUUGUCACGGAAUCUCAUCAUCGGAUGUUGUGGUCACUUCUUGGAAGGUAUGUAAGUGUAGUUUUCUCCAUUCUAUACUCAUGGUUAAUGGUUCUUGCUUUUGCUUCAUCAUUCAUGUUACAGUAAAGAAGAGGCCCAUGGUUCAAUGGUGCAUAGUUUUCGACAUGGCUUCUCAGGUUUCGCCGCCAAACUUACCGAGUCCCAAGCCAAGAAAAUAGCGGAUUUACCUGAAGUUGUUCAUGUCAUACCGGAUAGAUUCUACAAACCGGCAACAACUAGGACUUGGGACUACUUAGGCCUUUCUCCCACCAAUCCAAAGAAUCUUCUAAAUCAAACUAAUAUGGGUGAACAGAUGAUCAUUGGCAUUAUAGACUCAGGAGUAUGGCCAGAAUCUGAAGUAUUUAACGACAACGAGAUUGGUCCGGUACCAAGCCAUUGGAAAGGAGGCUGUGAAUCAGGAGAGGAUUUUAACUCCUCUCACUGCAACAAAAAGCUCAUAGGAGCCAAGUACUUCAUCAAUGCUUUUCUUGCGACACACGAAAGCUUCAACUCCAGUGAGUCACUUGACUUCAUUUCUCCGAGAGGCUACAAUGGUCAUGGAACACACGUGGCAACCAUAGCGGGCGGUUCAUACGUGCCUAAUACAAGCUACAAGGGCUUAGCUGGAGGGACUGUGAGAGGUGGGGCACCACGUGCUCGCAUAGCAGUGUACAAGACUUGUUGGUAUCUUGAUUUAGACAUAGCGGCUUGCUCAUCCGCUGACAUCUUGAAAGCAAUGGACGAGGCAAUCCAUGAUGGUGUUGAUGUUCUCUCUCUUUCUCUAGGCUUUGAACCUCUGUAUCCAGAAACCGAUGUUCGAGAUGGGAUAGCUACUGGUGCAUUCCAUGCAGUCUUAAAGGGUAUUACAGUUGUUUGUGCCGCUGGUAAUGCGGGUCCUGCGGCUCAGACUGUUGGUAACACGGCUCCUUGGAUUUUGACAGUGGCUGCAACUACUUUAGACCGGUCCUUUGUUACACCUAUGACACUUGGGAACAAUAAAGUGAUAUUGGGUCAAGCAAUAUACACAGGUACAGAAGUUGGCUUUACUAGCUUGGUUUAUCCAGAGAAUCCAGGGAACAGCAAUGAAAGUUUUUCUGGUACAUGUGAGCGUCUUCUCAUCAACUCUAACCGUACAAUGGCAGGGAAAGUCGUGUUAUGUUUCACAGAAUCACCUUACAGUAUUUCUGUAACAAGGGCUGCACAUUAUGUGAAGAGAGCGGGUGGUCUCGGUGUUAUCAUCGCAGGACAACCAGGAAACGUUCUCAGACCAUGUCUAGAUGAUUUCCCUUGUGUUGCUGUUGACUACGAGCUAGGGACCUAUAUACUUUUUUACAUACGUUCCAAUGGAUCACCUGUUGUGAAGAUACAACCUUCUAGGACACUUAUUGGACAACCAGUUGGUACAAAGGUAGCAAGUUUUUCAUCAAGAGGGCCUAAUCCAAUUUCAGCAGCGAUCCUCAAACCGGAUAUAGCAGCACCGGGAGUGAGCAUAUUAGCGGCUACAACCACUAAUACAACUUUCAACGACCGAGGGUUCAUUUUCUUGUCAGGGACAUCAAUGGCGACUCCUACUAUUUCAGGAAUUGUUGCACUUCUCAAAGCUCUGCAUCCUGAUUGGUCUCCUGCUGCCAUUAGAUCAGCUAUUGUCACUACAGCUUGGAGAACAGAUCCAUUUGGAGAGCAGAUAUUUGCAGAAGGGUCACCUAGGAAGCCAGCUGAUCCAUUCGACUAUGGUGGAGGCCUUGUGAAUCCAGAGAAAGCUACAAAACCAGGUCUUGUAUAUGACUUGGGACUCGAAGACUAUGUUCUCUACAUGUGUUCUGUUGGUUACAACGAGACUUCAAUCUCUCAGCUUGUCGGUAAAGGAACUGUCUGUUCGUAUCCCAAACCAUCUGUUCUUGAUUUCAACUUGCCUUCUAUCACAAUUCCAAAUCUCAAAGAAGAAGUCACUCUUCCCAGAACCCUCACUAACGUUGGACCACUUGAGUCGGUCUAUAGAGUAGCGGUGGAGCCACCGUUGGGCACCCAAGUGACCGUGACGCCGGAAACGCUAGUGUUCAACUCAACGACCAAAAGGGUCUCUUUUAAAGUCAGUGUCUCGACCACACACAAAAUCAACACAGGUUACUACUUUGGAAGCUUGACUUGGAGUGACUCUCUGCAUAAUGUCACCAUUCCUCUCUCUGUGAGAACUCAACUUCUGCCCUACUACUACGAUGAGAAUUGAACAAACAAAUAAACAAACACUAACCAUUUGUGACUUAUGAUGAGUUUGUACUGAUGAAAGCAUAUACAUUGAUAAACCCAAUCAUAAACAAAUACAAAAGUAUGUGAUGAUGAUGAUUGAGUGAAAAGUAGCUAGCUCGUAAAUAAUCACAUCUUUCCGAAAAGGAAUAUCAAUAUUUUUCCAUGUAUCAACAAU